UUCGCCGUUGAUCAUCGGGGUCCUGAGGAUGACAGGAUGGCGGAGGCAGGGGGACCGGAGUCCACUGCAGCCCGGUGCCCGGACGAGUCUUCGGACAGCGAACCGGAGCAGGAGCCCGGAUCUCCGCAGAAACUUAUCCGGAAAGUGUCUACGUCCGGUCAGAUCCGCAGCAAGACUGUCCUAAAGGAAGGAACGCUCCUGAAACAGACGAACUCUUUCCAGCGCUGGAAGAGACGAUACUUCAAGCUGAGAGGAAGGACUUUGUACUAUGCUCAGACCAGCAAGUCGAUCAUCUUUGACGAGGUGGACCUGACGGACGCCAGUGUGGCCGAGUCCAGCACCAAGAACGUCAACAACAGCUUCACUGUGAUCACCCCCUGCCGGCGCCUCAUUCUGUGCGCUGACAACAGGAAGGAGAUGGAGGAGUGGAUGGCGGCGCUGCGCAGUGUUCAGAACAGGCAGAACUAUGAGUCCACCCAGUACAGCAUGGACCACUUCAGUGGGAUGCACAACUGGUACGCUUGCUCCCACGCCAGACCUACGUACUGCAACGUUUGCAGGGAGGCGCUGUCAGGAGUCACAUCCCAUGGCCUGUCCUGUGAAGUGUGUAAGUUUAAGGCUCACAAGCGCUGUGCGGUCCGAGCCACCAACAACUGUAAGUGGACUACUCUGGCUUCAAUUGGGAAGGACAUCAUCGAGGAUGAGGACGGGGUGUCGAUGCCUCAUCAAUGGUUGGAGGGGAACCUCCCUGUGUCAGCUAAGUGUAGUGUCUGUGAUAAGACAUGCGGCAGCGUCCUCCGACUGCAGGACUGGAGAUGUCUCUGGUGUAAAGCUAUGGUGCACUCAGGCUGUAAGGAGCAACUGUCAUCCAAGUGUCCUCUGGGUCAGUGUAAAGUGUCUGUCAUUCCUCCAACGGCGCUCAACAGCAUCGAUUCUGAUGGUUUUUGGAAGGCGUCCUGUCCUCCAUCUUGUACCAGUCCUCUACUGGUUUUUGUAAACUCUAAAAGUGGGGACAAUCAGGGUGUGAAGUUCCUGCGACGGUUUAAACAGCUGCUGAAUCCGGCGCAGGUGUUUGACCUGAUGAACGGAGGACCUCACUUAGGUCUGAGACUCUUCCAAAAGUUUGACACGUUCAGGAUCCUGGUUUGUGGAGGAGACGGCAGCGUUGGAUGGGUUCUGUCUGAGAUUGAUGCCCUGACGCUGCACAAACAGGUACCAAAUUGUCAGCUGGGUGUUCUUCCACUUGGAACCGGGAAUGACCUGGCUCGAGUUCUAGGCUGGGGCUCAGCCUGCGACGACGACACACAGCUACCUCAGAUACUGGAGAAACUGGAAAGGGCCAGCACCAAGAUGCUGGACAGGUGGAGCAUCAUGGUAUAUGAGACAAAGUUUCCACGGCAACACUCUGCCUCCACAGUCACGGAGGACUGCAGCGAUGACUCUGAGGUCCAGCAGAUUCUCACCUACGAGGACUCUGUGGCCGCUCACCUGACUAAGAUCCUGACCUCAGACCAGCACUCAGUCGUCAUCUCCUCAGCCAAAGUUCUGUGUGAGACCGUGAAGGACUUUGUGGCUCGUGUUGGUAAAGCUUAUGAAAAGAACACGGAGAAUUCAGAGGAGUCUGAGGCCAUGGCCAAGAAGUGCGGCGUUCUGAAGGAGAAACUCGACUCAUUGCUGAAGACUCUGAAUGAUGAGUCUCAGGCCUCGUCGGUGCUCCCCCCAGCUCCUCCCCCCACCAUUGCUGAGGAACAGGAGGAGCUGGAGAUGGUCAGUCUGCCUCCCCCCCUUCAUCCUGCUCCUCUUUCUCAUCCUCCUUCUUCACCGCGGACCACACCCCCUCCAUCAGCAGCGGCCACAAUUUUUCAACCUCGGGAGCAACUGAUGUUGAGAGCAAACAGCCUGAAGAAGGCGAUCCGACAAAUAAUUGAACACACAGAGAAAGCUGUGGAUGAGCAGAACGCUCAGACCCAGCAGCAGCACAUAUUCACAGUGGGUCGGACUGAGCAGCAGGUGGGUCUGGUGGAAGAAGAGGAGGAGGAAGAUGGUGAGGAGGACAAGACGUCCCUGCAGUCAUCCUUUAGCUCCAAACAGCGCAGCAGCCGCCGAGUGAGCAAGACGCCGUGUGAGAAGCUGAUCCAUAAAGGUAGCCUGUCACUGGGGAGCUCCGCUUCACUUCCUAUCCAUACAGGAAGUAGGGACAACAUGCCUAUGCUGAACACAAAGAUUCUUUAUCCAGGCUCUCUGUCGAGCGGCUCAGUCGUCAGUCGGCUGCUGGUUAACGCCGACCCGUUCAGCUGCGACGCCGACAACAUGGACUGCUACACGGAGAAGUGUGUCAUGAAUAACUACUUUGGCAUAGGACUGGAUGCAAAGAUCACUCUGGAUUUCAACAACAAGAGAGACGAGCACCCGGAGAAGUGCAGGAGUCGCACGAAGAACAUGAUGUGGUACGGAGUGUUAGGAACCAAAGAACUGCUGCACAGAACCUACAAGAACCUGGAACAGAGAGUCCUGCUGGAGUGUGACGGGCGGCCCAUCCCGCUCCCCAGUCUGCAGGGAAUCGCUGUGCUCAACAUCCCGAGUUACGCAGGAGGAACCAACUUCUGGGGCGGAACCAAAGAGGAUGAUACCUUCAUGGCGCCGUCCUUUGACGAUAAGAUUCUGGAGGUGGUUGCCGUGUUCGGAAGCAUGCAGAUGGCUGUGUCCAGAGUCAUCAACCUGCAGCACCACCGCAUCGCCCAGUGUCGGACCGUAAAGAUCACCAUCCUUGGGGACGAGGGUGUCCCCGUUCAGGUGGAUGGGGAGGCCUGGAUUCAGCCUCCUGGAUACAUCAAGAUCAUACACAAGAACCGGACCCAGACCCUGACCAGAGAUCGGGCGUUUGAGAACACCCUGAAGUCCUGGGAGGACAAACAGAAGUGUGAGUUCUCUCAGCCCCCCCACCCAGAGACCGUCUCUGAGGAAGAGGCCUUACUGAUCAGUGAGUUUGGUCAGGCAGCUGGAGUCCUCAUCCACAGUAUCCGUGAGGUGGCCCAGUUUCACCACAGCUUGGAACAGGAGCUGGCUCACGCUGUCAACGCCAGCUCCAAGGCCAUGGACGUGGUCUACGCCAAGAGCCCCGAGGCUCUCAGCUGCAGCUCUGUGGUCCACAUGGUCAGUGACGUCAAAGCAUUGCUCAGCGAGACCGAGCUGCUCCUGGCUGGAAAGAUGUCCAUGCAGUUGGACCCUCCUCAACAGGAUCAGCUUAACGCGGCUCUGGGUUCUGUGGCUCAGGAGCUCCGUCGUCUUUCUGAUGUUUCCUGGUUGUGUCCUGUCAUCGACCCGUCGGACCAGGAGGGUCCACUGGCGGAUUUUUCCAAGCGGAGUCAGAGCGGUAAGUUCCGUCUCGUCUCAAAGUUCAAGAAAGACAAAAACAACAAGAACAAAGAGAUGUGCGCCACCCUGUCCCUGCCAGUUCACCAGUGGGGGACAGAGGAAGUGGGGGCCUGGUUGGACUUCCUCUGUCUAUCUGAGUACCAGGACAUAUUUACUGGUCACGAUGUCCGUGGAGCUGAGCUGAUCCACCUGGAGAGGAGAGACCUGAAGGACCUCGGAGUGACGAAGGUGGGCCACAUAAAGAGGAUCCUGCAGGGCAUCAAGGAGCUGACGAGGAACAGCAGCGCCAGCGAAGCCUAACUGCCUCUAGGAGCUGCUGCCUGCUGUCCUCCCACCUCAUUCACAGUCAAAACCGAUCUAGGUCCAUAACUCAGUGGUUCAGACCAGGAUCAGAUAAACUGAACAGGAUGUUUCAUAGGGACCUCCAAGUUCUUACCUGGAGAAAGAACCAGUCAGAUGAUUCAUCAGUGCCUUCUCAUUUCAACCAGAACCAACCUGUCCAAUUCAGAGUCUGCUCGGUUCUUUACUACUGUCCACAACCAUUAGACUGGCUCUAUUCAGAGCACUCAGAUGUGUCCUGAUCAGAACCACGAGGUCCACCUCAGAGUCCUCAGAGCCCACUCUUGCAGGUGUUCCAAACACAGUACCAAAGACUGGUUCUGAAUUCUGUUUCUGUUUUAGUUGUCUUAAGAUGGUGAAGAUUUCUCACAGACUGAUUCAGAACCCUGACUGGGUUCAAGCCGAGCCAUGCCAGUAAAGUCCAGCUGCGGGUCUGCAAGCUGAAGUCUGGAUCAGAGUGAGCCAGGACCGAAUCAUUGCAUUGCUACUCACACAAGACGAAUCAGUUACUGUGGUGGUCCAUCAUCACUCAGAUCCACCUCUGGUUUACCCUGCAUGGAACACCAUAACCCAGCUGACCCAUCAGAACCUCUCCAGUUUCUCCCUUUGCACUAAGAUGCACCAGAACCCUUUAAGCAACAGCUCAGAGAAAAUCAAACCUUUAAUGUCCUCAAACAACCAACAUCCAGGAGGAACAGACUGAGACCCAACUGGACGGACUGCUGACCCAGUCAAGGUGAUCACGCCUGGCGGACAGAUGGACCCAAACCAGGCCCGACUGAAAGCUGUGGGGGUGUCUAUGUUUCUGGAUGCUCUCAGCCUGAUGGACUUCCUCGCAUUAAUAAUGUUUGUAAUCAGAAACCGCCUACAAGGUUCUGAUGAUACACGGUCAGAACACUUUCAAAUAUUUUCAGUCUUAUCAACGGUUUGGGGUCCAAAACUGAAGGACAAAAAAAAAAAACGUUUAUUUUUAAACUGAAACAACCCGACAGAUUCAAGAACCCGUCUCAGGCCUGGACUCGGUCUAAUAUCGAGGGCCAGACCUGUGUCAGAACCCAGACUGAGCUUUGGACAUGGACUUCCGGGUUCAUGUUCUGCUGAAAUAUCAGAAAGACCCUCAGGCUUAGUCAGCAGCUUGUAUCUGCCACAUGGAGACUCUGAUGUCCCACGGUCCUCGAAUGCACCAGCAGGUGAUGAUCAAUCACAGACUGAACAUUUCUGACCAAUCUGGUGGAGAUUUCAAGAGUUUACCAAAACAUUUAUCAAUCGGUGCCUUAAAGACACACCAGCUGAUCUGAGGUCAGUCGGCAAGUAUCAGAGAUGUAUAACUGAAGCUUGCAGCGGGUCUCGGAUCAGAACAGAGGCUCCGGAUCAGCCUUCAUGGUGUGUCUGAGUGAUAAAGCUUGUUUUAUAUAGAUCUUUGUUGUUCUACAGUUGAUAGGUUCAGAUUCUAGAUUAAGAUUUUUGUAAACCUUGUUCCAAAUGUUUGCAACAAUCACUCCAAAUGUUUUCUUGUGGUUCCAGUUCUAAUCAGGAGCCUUUCCAGAUCCUGUUUCUGAUACUUCAGAAACCACAUGUGUCUGUUUUAUUGUCCAGUUGUUUCAGAUUUUUGUUCUAGAUGUUUCCAAAUCUUCAUCCAAGCAUUUCACAUACUGGACCCAGACAUUUCGGAGUCCCUGUCUACAUCUUUCAGAUUCUGGAACCAGCUGUUUUAGGGACUUGACUCUAAAAUAUACAGGUAUAUUCCAGUGUCUGAGUCUUAUUACAGAUGUCUAACUGCUGGGUCCAGACUGUUAAACAUCUUGGUCCAAAUGCUUUUGAGUGUGACCCCAGAUGUUUCAGAGUCCUGCUCCAGAUGUUUCAGAUUCUUGAUCUAGAUGUUUUGUGUCUGGUCCCAAAGAUUUCUAAAUCUUUAUUAAAACAUUUCAUGGUCUGGACCCGGACAGCUUGAGUCCUGUUUGAAAUCUUUUAAAUUCUGGAUCCAGAUAUGUACAGGUUUGGACCUGGUUCUGGAUCUGGAUCCAGAUAUGUACAGGUCUGGAUCUGUAUCCAGAUGUUUCUGGUCCUGGAUGCUAGUAUUUUAGUGUCCAAAGUUUAUUACAGAUCUUUUCACCUCUGGAUCCAGAUGUCCAAAUCAAGAUGUUCUAGUUUGACUUCAGAUGUUUUCUUUCAAAAUGUGUCACUCUUGAUCCAGAUAUUUGUGCCUGAUUCCAGAUAUUUCUGAAUCCUUAUCCAAGUAAUUUAAAGUGUAGACACAGAAUCCCCCAGAUGUUUCAAUGUUUUAGUGUCUAGAUGUUUCAGAUUCUUGAUCUAGAUGUUUGUGUCUUCUUCCUCACAUUUAAAUGCUUCUUUAAAGCCUUUAAAUUUCUAGACCCAGACACUUCUGAGUCCUGCUUUCAAAUUCUGCAUCCAGAUAUGUGCAGGUCUGGAUCAUAAUGUUUCAGAUUUUUUAACCUCUGUAUCCACACCCUAAAACAUCCACAUCCAGAUGUGUCUGAUGCCCAGGCGUCCUCCUCCUCCUUAGUGCCUUGCUCGAGGGCAUGUUGACAUGUUGCUGUACUACGCUCAUCAUGCGUCUAUUUAUUGUGUAAUUUAUGACCAAAAGCUGACACUGUUCUGGUUGUAGGAGCACCCCCUGCAGGGCUGUCACUGUAAAUACAGAGAACCACUGAAACGUGUGGGUAAUAAACUUCAUGUCUCCUCUGAAAA